UCGAAAUCGUGCCGAGGAUCAAGAGAAAGCGAUCAUGUGCUACGCUCGGUGACACCGGUCGCGAUCGUGCGCGGCGUUACCGUUGGCGGUACACGUAGUCAGCAGAGAGCAGAGCUACCACUGCGGGGCGGCAUCACCACGUGGUGGAUAUCCCCGGGCGUGUACUCGGGCGGUUUUGGCUAGGACAAGAGGAAACGAAGACCGGAAGGCUGGAUCACCUCCGUGGAAUGUCUUCAGGCGCCAAGCGACUGGUGCAGUCGCUUAGGGGCCGGACCGGGGGCAGGGGCACCGGCGGCGGUCGUUCCGACGCCGGUGCCGGGGAAGAUAGCGGCGUCGGGGGUGGCGGGGCCAGCACCAGCGCGACGAGACUAUGCCAUUACGACAGCGGGCAUGAACUCGACGAGAUCUCGGUGAUCGGGGCUACCGUCAGGGACAACGAGGGGUUGACGACGCCCACCACGCCGUGUCAUUGCAGGAGUAUUAAGUACGGUAGUGGACAGACGCUUUGCAGCAUCGCCGGAUUGCCGCCCGCCCCCGCCAUACCCGCGCACAGAGCACAGUCCGGUGUCAUUACAGGCGGGGUGAGGCAUCGUCUGAGCGGCGGUUCCGCGUCCGCCCUGAGCUACGGGGGCGAGAAGUACGGCAGAAGCGGAAGGUCCGGCGACGGUAGGACCGGUGGCGGUAGGGAGAAAGAGGAUGACACCAAGAGUGCAGAUAACGUAUCCAGAGGGGUUUUACCCUCGAGGCAGAGCCUCUUGGACCUCGUCAGCGGUAAAUUCAUGGGCCGACACACACCCACUCACCACUACUACUAUCAGCAGCAGCAGCAGGUGUAUUCUGUGUCGCAGCGAUACUUCAGCUCGUCACGGGAUUCGCUUCAGGGGGGAUACGUGAAUCGGGGGGCGAGCGAGCUCGAUCUGAGUCGCAAGCCGAGAAGAAGGGACCACCUAAGGGGCAGAUUCAAGCUGCCAUAUACAGUUGCGCUCACGUCCUCGCGUGACCAAUCGCAUCUCCACACACCAGCAUCAGUCAAUCAUCUCAGCAACAGUAGCUGUAACGGCACUGAAACGAGGUACACGGCGCAACAACAACAACAGCAACGCGGUAGUAGAGGCUAUCCCGGACAACCUGGAUCGAGGGGUUUUCGCACGGGUGCGCCAAAUUGGUCCUUCAUCUUCGAUCCUGCGGGACGUCUCUGUUACUAUUGGUCGAUGGUGGUUUCUCUUGCCUUUCUUUACAACUUCUGGGUGAUCAUCUAUAGGUUUGCCUUCCAGGAGAUCAACGGAGAAACCCGUUGGGUGUGGUUCUGCCUGGACUACUUCUCGGAUUUUUUAUACGUGCUCGACAUAAUAUUUCACAUUCGAACGGGAUACUUGGAAGACGGCGUGCUGCAAACCGACGCCACGAAAUUGAGAAAUCAUUAUACGAACAGCACCACGUUUUACAUAGACAUCCUGUGCCUGCUGCCCCUCGACUUUUUAUACUUAUCUAUAGGAUUUAACAGUAUGCUGCGAAGUUUUAGACUCGUAAAAAUUUACCGGUUCUGGGCGUUCAUGGACAGGACCGAGCGACACACGAACUACCCGAAUCUGUUUCGCUCCACCUCCUUGAUACAUUAUUUACUAGUGAUCUUUCACUGGAACGGGUGCCUCUAUCACAUUAUUUAUAAGAACAACGGCUUCGGCAGUAAGAACUGGGUGUUCAGCGACUCCGAAACGGCGGACGUUGUCAAGCAAUAUCUGCAAAGCUACUACUGGUGCACUCUUGCCCUAACAACCAUCGGUGAUCUACCCAGGCCGAGAAGUAAGGGCGAGUAUCUCUUUGUGAUUGGUCAACUGUUCUUCGGUCUGCUGCUAUUCGCAACGGUGUUGGGUCACGUCGCAAACAUCGUCACUUCCGUCAGUGCAGCGCGAAAAGAGUUUCAGGAGAAGUGCUUACACGUAUGGAUAGCAUUUGAGGCGUAUCAUGGAAGAAAACUCGUCGACGAAUAUGCUGAAUUUGAUUUCAAAGCUUUAAAGUACGACACGAUUGCCAUAAUUUGCGAAAUUACCUCCGUAUUGUCGUCUGCAAACAAUUUACGUUCCCUAGCAACGUUGCGACGCGAUAUGCAUAUUGAUGAAUCUAUAACUGAAACGAUAAGGAUAUUAAAGGAAGCUAACGCUUGGAAGGAUUGUAUUGCCGAAAGAAUACAAAUUAACUGA